AUGUGGUCCAUCACUCUAACAACCACCCUCCUCCUCGCCCUCUCAGCCGCAACUCCCCUUCCAGGCAGAAAAUUCUCUCUCCUCAAACACCUCAAACAGGAAACCACUCUCACCGAAGCCCAAAUCAUCGCUAUCGCUCCUACUUCUGAAACGUGUGACAAUCCUCCCGCUGAAGGCGAAUGCGCCACAGCUCAACAAGCCGCCAAGUAUUCAUCGCAAGCUUUCGAUGACUACCAAGUUACUUCCAAAGCGGAACAGGCUGCUGUUAUCAGUCUGAUGGCAUUUGAAAGUGGUGAUUUCAAGUACAAUAAGAAUCAUUUCCCUGGCACGCCGGGACAGGGUACUCGCAAUAUGCAAUCUCCGGCGUUUAACAAGAAAUAUGCCAAUUCUAUCUCUGCGCUGAAGGAUCAGAUUCCGGCGGUUGCUGAUAGUCCGGCUGAUUUGUUGGAUCUUCUGAGGGGGGAUGAGACGUAUGAUUUCGGUUCUGGGGCUUGGUUCCUUACUACACAGUGCUCGAAGGAUGUGCGCACUGCUUUGCAGGGUGGGGAUGAGAGUGGGUGGCAGAGAUAUAUUAGCGAGUGUGUUGGAACUUCGGUCACUGAUGCGAGGAAGGAGUACUGGCAGAGGGCUGUGAAGGCUCUUGGCUCGGAAUGA